AUGCUAUCACUCAACAACCUUCGAUUCCUUCUUUCUUUCACCUUGUUUCUUCUUUACUUGAUGUUCAUGACCAACUCUCAUUCGGUAUAUGCGUAUGCCGCUGAUCGAACAAUCGACUACGAGGAGUGGACCAACCCGACCUUCAUUGAGGAGCGGUUUUCUGCCGCGACCAUUCAGUAUUCGAAAGGGUUUGAGGUGAUUGAAAAACCAGAAGGAAAACGGGUGGAUGUUUUAGAGGAGAACUUACCUCUAGUGCCAACCAUCUACAUUUUCAUCUCCAGGUAUCCAGGCCUUGCCAAUACAGCCUUUUACAAAAGCUCAAUCAUAUCUAUCGAGAAAUUUGCGAAAAAAGUGAAAGGCCGUAUCAUCAAACUACGGAGACGAUUACUUCCCCCGCACGCGCCUAAAGUGGAUAUUGUCUAUAUCUACAGCGCAACAGGUAACCUAAAUCACCAACCACUUGUCCAGUCCGUUCACCACCAACCGAAGUUUGGAUCUGUAAAGGCCUGGUUUAAAGCCGCAAGGAAUCAUGGGAAGGUAUACCUGGGACGAAAAAAGGAACAAUCGAAGAGAAUGGCAGUCGUGGCGGUCACAAUCGGCGACAGGUUAAUAAGGGCGUUUAUCAACGUUGAUAAUUGA